GCGAACCUCGUUUGUUCUGCGCCUUCUGCCUCCUUUCCUUCCCGCCGAACUCUACUGGAUGGGUAGAUGCUUUGGCGCAGCCCCUCACACCUCUCCUCCGUCGCCACCUCCCUCCGUCCCCGCCAACGAUCCUGCUACCUCGACCUCACCUUCGCCGCCGCCACCCUCCGCCACCUCGACCAGAUCCUCGCCCACGCCAUCCUCUCCGGCCACCAUCCGGACCUCGUCACCACCACCAAGCUCCUCCACCGCCUCGCCGACCUCGGCUCCCCUCCCUCCCACCUCCUCCGCCUCUUCUCCUCCGUCCCCCGCCCUGACCUCUUCCUUCUCAACGUCCUUCUCCGCUCCCUCCCUCCCCCUCCGCUCUCCCACUCCUCCUCCCUCCCCCGCACCCACGCCCACCUCCGUCCGGACUCCUUCACCUAUGCUUUCGCUGCCUCCGCUUCCGCUGCCCUCCCCUCCCCAACCCCCGGCCGCGCCCUCCACGCCCGCGUCAUCAUCGAUGGUUUCGCCGCCGACCCCUUCGUCGGCUCCGCCCUCACCGACUUCUACCUCAAUUUCUCCCAGGUCUCGGCCGCAGAGAAGGUAUUUGAUGGAGUUCCCGACCCGGACACCGUGUUAUGGAACACCCUUAUAUCUGGGUUGGUUCAGAACUGCGCUUUCUUGAGAUCGUUGAGGGUUUUCAAGCAGAUGGUGACGACUGGUGCGCGGUUUGACUCCACGACCCUGGCUGUGGUGCUCCCAGCUGCCGCGGAGCUCCAAGAGUUGAUCUUGGGAAUGAUGGUGCAUUGCUUGGGUGUGAAAUCGGGCUUGGCAUUCCAUUCCCAUAUUGUGACUGGUUUGAUCUCCAUGUACUCCAAGUGUAGUGAGAUCUCAGCUGCAAAGUUCUUGUUGGAACAGAUUGACGAGCCGGAUUUGAUAGCUUGCAAUGCGUUGAUAUCUGGAUACUCGUCAAAUGGGCUUGUUGGAUCUUCUGUGGACCUGUUCAGGGAAUUGCUAGCUUUUCUAGGGAGGCCUAAUUCAAGCACCAUGGUAGGGUUGAUUCCAGUGUUCAGUCCCUUUGGGCAUGAAUGCCUUGCUCGAUCCAUUCAUGGAUUUGCUGUAAAAUCUGGGCUUGAUCAAAAUUCGCCAGUUUCGACCGCAUUUACUACUGUCUAUUGUAGAUUGAACGACAUGGAAGCUGCAAGGAAGGUUUUUGAUGCAAUGCCAGAGAAGAGCAUGGCUUCUUGGAAUGCAAUGAUAUCGGGGUACGCCCAAAAUGGAUUGACAGAUAUGGCGAUAUCUCUGUUCCGUGAAAUGCAAGAUCUCCAUGUCCGACCUAAUCAAAUCACGGUCACGAGCACCCUUUCAGCAUGCGCUCAGCUGGGAGCUCUCACCUUGGGGAAAUGGGUCCACCGGAUAAUCUCCCAGGAGGAUCUUGAGCUUAAUGUUUAUGUAUUGACAGCUCUUAUUGAUAUGUAUGCAAAGUGCGGGAGUGUCAUGGAAGCUCGAAGAAUUUUUGAUGGUAUGGUGGAGAAGAAUGUGGUGUCUUGGAAUGCAAUGAUAUUGGGUUAUGGCCUUCAUGGUCAAGGUCGUGAAGCUUUGAAGCUUUUCAAGGAGAUGCUAAAUGCUUGUAUUGCUCCUACUGGAGUCACAUUCCUUUCGGUCUUGUAUGCAUGUAGCCAUGGGGGAUUGGUUGAAGAGGGCCGUGCAGCCUUUCAGUCCAUGACAUGCGACCAUGGAAUUAAGCCUGGGCCGGAGCAUUAUGCUUGCAUGGUGGACCUCCUCGGACGAGCUGGGCAACUAAAAGAGGCCCUUGCAUUUAUAGAGACAGUUCCUGAGAAUGCUGGUCCUGGUGUUUGGGGUGCCUUGCUUGGUGCUUGCAUGAAACACAAGGAAACUGGACUGGCUCAAAUGGCUUCAGAGAAGUUGUUCGAACUAGAACCCCAGAAUAUUAGUUACUAUGUUCUGCUCUCUAAUGUAUAUUCUGCUAACCGUGAUUACCCUGAAGCAGCUAUGGUGAGACAAGGUGCUAAGAGUAGAAAGCUGGUGAAAACACCUGGAUGCACUCUGAUUGAGAUUAGAGAUGAGGUGCAUAUUUUUACUUCUGGUGACCGAUCUCACCCGCAGUCAGUGUUGAUCUAUUCGAUGUUGGAUAAACUGACUGGAAAGAUGGUUGAGGCAGGGUAUCGUGCAGAGACUGAUGUUGCACUAUAUGAUGUGGAGGAAGAAGAGAAGGAGCACAUGGUGAAAGUUCACAGUGAGAAGCUGGCUAUUGCCUUUGGGCUUAUUAGCACUGAGCCAGGGAGUGAGAUUAGGAUCAUCAAGAACCUUAGGGUGUGUUUGGACUGUCAUACUGCAACCAAAUUCAUAUCAAGGAUAACUCAGCGUUUGAUUAUUGUGAGGGAUGCCACCAGGUUCCACCAUUUUAAAGAUGGGGCAUGCUCCUGUGGGGAUUUCUGGUGAUGCAUAAAUCAUGUUGUUGUACUGGUGAGGAGAUCUGUUGCAAUUUUAAAUGAUCCAAGUUUUAAGUUCAGGCUGCAGAGCAGAUAUGUUCUGCUCUGAAAAUUUUGCAUUUGAAAGUGUUCCAUGCAUUGUUCAAACUAAUAAAAA